AGACUGGCCAGUAUUUUGAAGCAAUUAAUUGAUGAUUUAACUAGCUUCAAAAUUGUUAGUGUACCUCUAGCUGGCUCAGAUGCAUAAAACUCUUUAGCUUAACAGCAUACCUCUACCUCUGGUUAGUCACUAGUGUUUAUACAUGCAUCAAUCAAAGUUUAGGGAAUUUUUAGUUUAAAUAAUUAACCAAGAAUAAUAAUACAUACAAUUAUGAUUUAGACAUGACUUGUUUUCGUAGAUCACGGUCAUGAGGACUCACCAAGUCUUGGUGAAGAUCUGUCCUCAUAGUGCAACGUCCGAUGGUAGGUGCGGCGUGUGUGGACGCUGAGUCCAGCGAGAGCGAGACGACGGGGAGCUGUGGCGUCGACGGCGAGAAUCAGCAGGCCUCGGAGAACCACGCGGAAGUGGAGGGUGUUUUAGCCGCUCCUCGCGAGUGUGUGGACUUCAAAGUCAUUUACAACAAGACAAAGUACGAUGUGAACUUUGCGUUAGACGACACCGUAGGGCAGCUGAAGCAGCACCUCCAGGAUGUCCUUGGUGUGCCCAGGGCCAUGCAGAAGGUGAUGAUCCGCGGCCUGGCCAAGGACGAGCGCACGCUGCGUGGUGUGGGUCUCACUCGUGGCUGUGUGGUGCUCGGCUGGACAGGAGGGUGGUGUGCAGGUGUGCCCAGGGCCAUGCAGAAGGUGAUGAUCCGCGGCCUGGCCAAGGACGAGCGCACGCUGCGUGGUGUGGGUCUCACUCAUGGCUGUGUGGUGCUCGGCUGGACAGGAGGGUGGUGUGCAGGUGUGCCCAGGGCCAUGCAGAAGGUGAUGAUCCGCGGCCUGGCCAAGGACGAGCACACGCUGCGUGGUGUGGGUCUCACUCGUGGCUGUGUGGUGCUCGGCUGGACAGGAGGGUGGUGCGCAGGUGUGCCCAGGGCCAUGCAGAAGGUGAUGAUCCGCGGCCUGGCCAAGGACGAGCGCACGCUGCGUGGCGUGGGUCUCACUCGUGGCUGUGUGGUGCUCGGCUGGACGGGAGGGUGGUGCGCAGGUGUGCCCAGGGCCAUGCAGAAGGUGAUGAUCCGCGGCCUGGCCAAGGACGAACGCACGCUGCGUGGUGUGGGUCUCACUCGUGGCUGUGUGGUGCUCGGCUGGACGGGAGGGUGGUGCGCAGGUGUGCCCAGGGCCAUGCAGAAGGUGAUGAUCCGCGGCCUGGCCAAGGGCGAGCGCACGCUGCGUGGUGUGGGUCUCACUCGUGGCUGUGUGGUGCUCGGCUGGACGGGAGGGUGGUGCGCAGGUGUGCCCAGGGCCAUGCAGAAGGUGAUGAUCCGCGGCCUGGCCAAGGACGAGCGCACGCUGCGUGGUGUGGGUCUCACUCGUGGCUGUGUGGUGCUCGGCUGGACAGGAGGGUGGUGCGCAGGUGUGCCCAGGGCCAUGCAGAAGGUGAUGAUCCGCGGCCUGGCCAAGGACGAGCGCACGCUGCGUGGCGUGGGUCUCACUCGUGGCUGUGUGGUGCUCGGCUGGACGGGAGGGUGGUGCGCAGGUGUGCCCAGGGCCAUGCAGAAGGUGAUGAUCCGCGGCCUGGCCAAGGACGAGCGCACGCUGCGUGGUGUGGGUCUCACUCGUGGCUGUGUGGUGCUCGGCUGGACGGGAGGGUGGUGCGCAGGUGUGCCCAGGGCCAUGCAGAAGGUGAUGAUCCGCGGCCUGGCCAAGGACGAGCGCACGCUGCGAGAGAUGGGCGUGGUGAAGGGCGGCAAGGUGAUGGUGGUGGGCUCCAAGCUGGACGACGUGCUAGCCGUCUCCACGGUCAGCAAGCAGGACAUCCAGGAUGAAAAGACGUCAUCUGCCGUGAAAGAGCCCUUCUGCAAACAGAAGAUGCACCGGAAGGUUCUCGACAAAGGCGUACCGGAAGAUGCAAUGCCUGGGAUAAAGAACACAAAGGAUGCGUUGCCACCAGUGCCGUUGUCUGGCAUGCUCAACAAGCAUGGCGGCAAGGUGCGUCUCACAUUCAAGAUGGAGCAGGACCAGGUGUGGAUUGGCACCAAAGAGCGCACGGACAAGAUCGCCAUGAGCUCCAUCAAGGGUGUGGUGAGCGAGCCCAUCCAGGAACACGAGGAGUACCACAUCAUGGGCAUCCAGCUGGGGCCCACGGAGGCGUCGCGCUACUGGGUGUACUGGGUGCCCGCGCAGUACGUGGACGCCAUCAAGGACGCCAUCCUCGGCAAGUGGCAGUACUUCUGACGAGCGACACGCUGUUCCACCACCUACCAGUUGCACAGUUACUCGUUAUUUCUCCUGUUAGUUGGGAUUGCAAUAUUUCACAAGUGUGGUGCUUAAAUAUAAUUUAUUGAAAUACAUUUUGUACAACACUG